AUGUGCAGUUGUGUGGCAAAGAUAAUUGACUACUUGCAAACAGAUUGGCCAUCACUGGCCUGCCCGAGCAGCAACAGUACGGUGCUUUGGGCCGAAAAUUGGGAAAAGCACGGCACUUGCUCGCAGUCUGUCUUCGAUCAGUAUAACUACUUCAAUCAUGCUGCCGGCCUUAAAGAAAUCUUGAGAGACAUUCUCAAAUUCCUUGACGUUUAUGGAAUCAAACCAGAUGGGAACGCGUACGAGUUAAACAGCCUGAUAAAAUAUCUGAAAUCAGCAUUUGUUGGACGCAAUGUAGGUAUAGAGUGCAAUGAAGAUGCAUCUGGGAAGAGCCAGUUUUACCAGGUUCAUAUAUGUAUAGAGCCUAAUGGUAACUUCGUCAUUGACUGUCCAGUUCUACCCGACGCAAAAUGUGCCGAUAGCAUUGUGUUUCCUUCCUUCUAG